AUGUUUAAUAAAUUAUUAAAAAGAUCAACAACAAAAUUAAAUUUAAAAAAUAAAAAUAAUAAAAAAGAAGAUAAAGAAACAAAGAAAAGAAAUGAAUAUUUGAAAAGUAUAAAUAAUGAUAAAAAGCAAAAUGGCGAAAUAAAAAGAAGCGAAUCAUUUUAUAAAUUAAAAAGAACCUCGUCAAAUAUAGGAAGUGUUAUUUAUAAAUCAAUCGACAAUAUUUCCACCCCAACCAAUAUUAUGUUUUGUAGAAGUACCAGUAGUUAUAAUAUAAUUAGUGAUAAUAACAUAAACACCGAUGUUGACGAAGAUGAUUAUGAUUAUGAUUAUAAUGAUAACGAUAUCAUUAGUAAUCAUAAUAGUAGUAGCCACGAUAUUAAAAAUACAAAAGAAUUCGAAAAAAUCAAAAACUCCAUUUAUGUUUCAAAAAUGUUUAAUUUUUAUUUAUUAUAA